AGGCAGUAUUCCUCAAAAGGCCAGGGUUUAAGUCCAGUGAAAUACAAAGGAAUGCAAGAGGCCAUGCUUGGCAAAGGCCGGCUUGGCUCUCGUAGCCAAUCCCUGCGCUCGGUGGACAGCCGUAAACGAGAGGACUCUGAUAAGACCCGCAGCGGACAGCAGUCUUCCCAAACAGUGGAUUCUCCGUCGGGUGAGGAGUGGUCUGCGUGGAGCGUGUGUUCGGCCACGUGUGGUGAGGGCUGGCAGAGCCGCACACGCUUCUGCGUCUCCGUGUCGUACAGCACGCAGUGCAGUGGGCCACUGCGCGAACAGAGACCCUGCAAUAACACUGCUGUGUGUCCAGAACAUGGGGCGUGGGGCGAGUGGACUCCAUGGAGCUUGUGUUCAUCAACAUGCGGCCGUGGCUACAGGGAACGCAACCGCUCCUGCAAGCCACCCCAGUUUGGAGGAAACCCCUGUGAUGGUCCUGAGAAACAGACAAAAUUCUGCAACAUCGCUGUAUGCCCAGUGGAUGGCGUGUGGAACGAGUGGUCCAGUUGGAGUUCCUGUUCUUCAACAUGUUCGAAUGGAACAAUGCAGCGCACUCGGGAGUGUAAUGGGCCCUCGUAUGGAGGCCUAGAGUGUCAGGGCGAGUGGCAUGAGACACGGGACUGCUUCCUCAGAGAGUGUCCUGUGGAUGGCCAAUGGCAACUUUGGAGCACUUGGUCUGGUUGCACCAAAACAUGUGGUGGAGGAAGUCAGCAGAGGCAGAGGGUGUGUUAUGGUCCCUUUUUUGGAGGAGAGCAAUGCCCGGGGGAGCGAGAGGAAGUAAGACGUUGCAAUGAGAAGCGAUGUCCAGAGCCACAUGAAAUCUGUGAUGAGGAGAAUUUCUCUAACGUAGUGUGGAAGAAAACACCUGCAGGGGACACAGCGGCUGUCCGCUGCCCACCAAAUGCCGUAGGAUUAAUUCUACGGCGAUGUUCAUUAGACAGUGAGGGUAUCGCAUACUGGGAGAAUCCAACAUAUAUGAAGUGCGUCUCAAAUGAUUACAGAAGUAUCCAAACACUUACCAGAGAUCACUUGUCCAAGGCUCAGCGAGGGCUUGUUGGAGAUGGUGUUUCUGAAGUGAUGACAAAGCUGAGAGUGACGUCAAGUGAUGGAACGAGCUACAGCGGAGAUCUUCUGGCUAUCAUAGAUGUGCUAAAAAACAUGACAGAGAUAUUUAGGAGGUCCUACUACAGCCCCAGUAAUGCAGACAUGAGGAAUUUUGUGCAGUCUGUGAGUAACUUACUGAUGGAGGAAAACAGGGACAGGUGGGAGGAAGCACAACUGCUGGGACCCAAUGUUAAGGAACUUUUUCGUCUAGUAGAGGACUUCGUGGACGUCAUCAGCCUUCGCAUGAAGGACUUCCAGGAUACUUAUGAGGUCACGGACAAUCUAGUGUUGAGCAUUCACAAGCGGCCCGUGGCUGGAAAUGCAGAUAUCACUUUCCCCAUGAAGGGCUGGAGGGGGAUGGUGGACUGGGCUCGCAGCUCUGAGGACAAAGUCAGAGUGGCCAAAAACAUCCUGCUCACUGGAAAACCAGAAGAAGAUGACGCUUCAGCUUUUGUGACUGGGAUCGUCCUGUACAGAAACUUAGGCAGUAUUCUCUCGCUACAGAGAAAUAGCACAGUGCUGAACUCCAAGGUGAUCUCUGUGACAAUCAAGCCCACUCCCAGCUCUCUCUCGAGUCCACUGGAGAUUGAGUUCUCACACCUUUACAAUGGAACCACAAACCAAACCUGCAUUUCCUGGGAUGAAAACGACAGCUCGUCGUUGCUGGGCUCCUGGUCUGCGCGAGGCUGUAAAGCCGUGCCAGUCGACUCCAGCACAACCAAAUGCUUGUGUGACAGACUCUCCACCUUCGCCAUUUUAGCACGCCUCAAUCCCGAUGUGAACAUGGAUAAGACCCAGCUUCCAUCUGUGACUCUGAUCGUGGGCUGCGGGGUCUCGUCCCUCACCCUGCUCCUCCUCAUCAUCAUCUAUGUUUCUGUUUGGAGGUACAUCCGCUCAGAGCGCUCUGUCAUCCUCAUCAACUUCUGUUUGUCCAUCAUCUCCUCCAAUGCGCUCAUACUCAUUGGCCAAACUCAGACACGGAACAAGGUUGUUUGUACUCUUGUGGCUGCGUUUCUGCACUUUUUCUUCCUGUCCUCUUUCUGUUGGGUUCUCACGGAGGCAUGGCAGUCGUACAUGGCUGUGACUGGCCGUCUUAGAAACCGUAUCAUACGCAAGCGUUUCCUUUGCCUUGGUUGGGGUUUACCUGCUCUCGUUGUAGCAAUUUCUGUUGGAUUCACCAAGGCAAAGGGAUAUGGCACUGUUAACUAUUGCUGGCUGUCUCUGGAAGGAGGGCUGUUGUACGCAUUUGUGGGACCAGCUGCUGCUGUCGUCCUGGUUAACAUGGUUAUCGGGAUUCUGGUUUUUAACAAACUGGUGUCCAAAGAUGGCAUUACUGAUAUGAAACUCAAGGAGAGGGCCGGUCAGAUGACAGUGCCACUGUACAAUAUGACGCUCAAAUGUGCCAAGUGCGGAGUUAUCUCGUCGGCUGACGUUUCCACCACAGCUACCAGUAACGCCAUGGCGUCGCUGUGGAGCUCCUGCGUUGUACUGCCAUUGCUGGCACUCACUUGGAUGUCGGCAGUCUUGGCUAUUACUGACCGCCGCUCAGCCUUGUUUCAAAUCCUUUUUGCCGUCUUUGACUCCCUCGAGGGCUUUGUUAUCGUGAUGGUGCAUUGCAUCCUACGCAGAGAGGUUCAAGAGGCAGUAAAGUGUCGCGUUGUUGAUCGUCAAGAAGAUGGAAACGGUGACUCUGGUGGAUCCUUCCAGAAUGGUCAUGCUCAGCUGAUGACUGACUUUGAAAAGGAUGUGGACAUUGCUUGUCGAUCAGGCACCCUGAAGCGUCCCUCCCAGCAAGGCGAGGAGAAGGUUCCGUCCCAGCAGAUCACAGUACAGAAAGGCUCCAACUUCAACACCCUUCCUGCCAGCAUGGCAAAGGUCCACCUUCAAAAUGUGGCCGACUACGCCAGUCACACUCUCACCAUGCGCCGUGACAAAGGCGCCAUCGCCGGGGUCAGCACGGAGCUACCCGGUGCCAAAUCUAUUUACAUCUGUGACGGCGAGCUCUUCAAACAGCUUGACGGAGCACCGGGAGACACCGGCAUUCCUGAAGGAGGUGGUGGAGGUGCGGGUCAGGGUUACGUGCUCUUGCCUAACAACAACAACACCCUUAGGCCCACGAAGGGUGGCAAGGAAGACCCGACCGCCAAGUACAACAUCAGUAUCGAACAGUUACCCCAGACCAGGCUUAUCCACCUGGCCAAUCCUAUUGGCACUGAUCCCGUGGCAGGCUUCGGGCUGAAGAGCUUGCCCACCGACCGAGUCAGCGUUUCAUGCUCAGAGAGGGAGUCCCCGGUGCAGACUGUGCAGAAUAUCUCCAGCGAGUCCCAGAUGACAAACACGUGUGAGCAAGGGGAUUCUGGGAACUCCGGGAUGUCUAAGAGCGAGACUGUCUCCACACUGUCCAUGAGCUCUUUGGAGAAGAUCAUGCACACACGGAAGCGUCAUCAAGACAUGUUUCAGGACCUGAACCGCAAACUGCAGCAUGCAGAGAAGGACAGAGACUCUCCUCCAGUCGACUGCAAACCUGGAAAGAGAUGGAGCAUUUCAUCAGGAGGAAGCGACAAAACCAACCUUAGUGACAAGCAGCAGACCCCCAGUAAGCGGGCAUGGGAGGGCAUCAGGAAGACUCACUCUCCUCCAUCUUGGGUGCGCAAGGAGCUAGAGCCACUGCAGGCCUCACCGCUGGAGAUGCAGGCAGUGGAGUGGGAGAAGGCCAGUGCCACCAUCCCUCUAGUGGGCCAGGAGAUCAUGGACCUACAGACGGAGGUCUGAAAGACCCCAGAGCAUUCAGACCAACAGAACAAACUCAACCCACAGGGAAAAAAGAGAAGGAACCAUAUUGAAGAAAAAGUAUGCAAGAUGCUGAUAAAAAAAAGAGAGAGAGAGAGAGCGAGAAAGCAACAUGGCUGUGCAAUUUUUUGAGUUGUGUUAUUCUCUGUUUUUUGUUUUUUCGUAAUCCUGGAAUGGCCUUUUCCUUAAUGUCAAAGCGAAUCAUAACACUUUCGAAAAAUCCAGGUCUAAGCCUGUUGCAAUGCUAAUGAGCUGGCGCUAGCAGGAACUGGGCAAGUUGAAUGGUGACCCGCGAUGAGCCUUAGUGAGUGGCCUUCAAUUUCUUACACCUCUGGACACACACAAACACACACUUAUUAGUGAUCAUCAAGAGUGUUGCGGAAGAAAAUAACUGCCCAGCAGUAAUCAGUCAUCAUUCAAAAAUCCAAUUUUUGAAUAUUAUUAGUAUUAUUAUCAUCGUUGUUGAUCAGUGUGACAUACACGCGUACUCUCGGGGCGAAAGAGGAGACAUUAUCACCCCGAGCCAUUUGCAUAUGACUGUUAAUCUGUGUCCAAUGCCCUUCUGAGCCAGUGCAGCCCUCAACUGUGCUGUCCCGAGCACCGCACGACCUGCACAUCCUUCAACAGUCAGUCAAUGUCCAGUGCCAUCAGCGGGACGUACCCGGAUGGAGGCUGGUCAAAUUGGUGGGGUCAUCAGAACCGACACGCUUUCAUCCGCUUGAUGUUUUCAUCAGAAUCACUGGAGCUGAGAGACCUGAAACAAACUGCUGUAUCUCAGAAUAUGUUCAGAAAGAGAAACGGAGAUGAAUAUGAAUAUAUAAAUAUAUAUAUAUAUAUUACAAAUAGUCUUAUAUCUGAAAGCGCAGAGGGGUGUUAUUCUCUGGUUAGAUUGUGGUCGCACACACAUGCAGAGAAAGCACAAGACUCACUCCUCAGAGUCCUGUUGUACAGCAUUGUAAUUAUUUCCAGAAGAGUUCUACAAAAUGAAUUUUAGCCUAUAAAUAUCUUUCUUACUGUGCUUGGGGAAUAUUGUUACCAUUAUUAUAGACAUCAUUGAGAUUCUGAAAACCUCCCUCUCCCCAUCCCCCUUCCUCAAAUCUCAUCGGGUUACUGGACUAUCUCUGUGUUCUGUAACAUCAUGUAACGGUGUGUGUUUCGGUUUCACUGACUGUCACUCCAGAUGAUACGUUCUUGCCUGAAUUAUCCACCAUCAGAGCCCUGCCCUCCUCCUCCUCUUCUUCCUCUUCCUGUCUUUCCACACUCCCUUUUUUAAGUUCACUGGGGUUUCUUUGUUAUUGUACAGUUUUCAGAGCACAAAAUGAAUGUGUCAUAUUUCUAAU